CCGGUUACACCAGUUCGUUUUCGAGCGUGUGUGUGUGUAAGCAAGGGAAAAAAUCGCACCAUUUUUCUCGUGCUCUCUUGCGUGCGUUUUGGUCUAUUGGGAGCAGUUUAAUUGAAAAUCGAACAAAAUAAACCAUGCUAAUAUGUAAAAAGUAGUGAAUUAAGUAAUAACCGGAGCGCCACAAGACGAAACUCGAUUAGCGCACAGCUCAAAGUAGUGCGAGAGCAAUUGGAAUUGCAAAUUUAAUUCGGUUCGACCGUGUGUAACUGUGUCUGUGCGUGCGUGCGUGCGUGUGAGUGUAUGGGUGAAAAAAUGAGGCGUAGUGAAAAUGCGUGCAAAACUGUCUAAAAGCCGUGGGAACAAUGUGCUAUGAGUGCUUUAAGCGUGCGAUCGUUGAAAGUAUACUACUACUGACCGGUUAAAUUGUUAAUAACUUAAAUUUAACUACACACCGCAGAUCAUCCGUUUGUUGUUGUUUUUUUUAUUAUUAUUUAUAAAAAAAAAUUUGUUUAUUUUCGUCGCUCGCCAAUCGCCGCAACACUUUUGCCUAUCAUGUCAGCCGGCUGGAUAAAAAACUGAAUGAAAUAAAUCGGAGUCUGAUUUCGGAUUGGAUUUCGUUGUCACACAAUUUGUUGGGAUAAAAUGUGCAAAAGUGUGUUUGUCAAAUUGUUUAGCCAAAAUUAUUUGUUUACCUAGUUAUUCAGCGUAGCACGAGACUGUUUUCCUCACCUUUUAACACAGCCCUUGCUAAUUUUGCUUUGCCAUAACCGGUACAUAAGAUACAGAGAUACUGAAAAUAAUCAAAAAAUCAAAGCAUAAUCCCCCUCCGAUCUAAAUCAAGGAGGAGCAAGGAGCGAGGCCAAGGAGCACAGCCUGGAGAAGAUCGAGCGAUAGCAACAGAAUAAUAACUUUUUACAACAAAUAGCCAGCCAGCCCGCCCGCCUUUUUGACAUAUGUACACUCACUCACACCCAACACAGAUCCUAAACAAAAAAAAAACACACACAAAAAACAACUAAAAAAAAAAAAAAUUACAAAAAAUAAAAGAAAUUUGUAAUAAUCGGAGAAACGAAAAUUCAAAGAGAUGCUGCUCAAAAUCAAUACUUAAUGUCAAACAACGACGAUCCCACAGCAACAGCACCCAGCAACAACAACAGCAACAUCAGCAACAGCAACAACAACAACAACAGCUAAUAGCUAAAGCGGGAAAAGGAUUAGGAACAAUUGCCAGCUAGCGGCGAAAGGUGGGAGGAGAGAGGCAGACACACCUGGUCACCUGGUCGGUCCACCCGGGAGAGAAGUGGUGGGCAGUGGAUAUAGCCUGGAGUGGAUCUCCCCCGUGCGCGACAUGCUCGGAUCCUGAGUGAGUCCCCAGUGUGUGUGUGUGUGUGCGAGUGUCUGCACGCAUCCAACAGAUCCGAUCCGAUCCGAUCCGAUCCUCAAUCCUCAACAAAGAAUCUGUGCAGCAACCAAAAAGCAUUUCGGGUCGACACUAUCAAGGCCAAUAGGAGGUGGAACCAUAAAACCAUAACAACAAUAGAAACAGCAAUCUGGGAGCAGUUUCAGCUAAUCAAAAUUCAGUCAUUAUCAAAAUUCUCGGAUUUUUGAGUCAAAAUUCAAAGUUAAAAAGCGGAAGGAUUACUGAUCGAAGCCAGCAAAAUGCAGAGACGCGAAAGGCAAGCCAGUGGAGGUGGCCCACAAACGACAACUGCCGGUGCAUCUGCUGGUAAUGUGGCUAAUGCCACCACAGCCCUAGCCGGUGGUAAGAGCUCAAGCAAUAACAUGUAUUCCACCCGCCAAUCUGUAAGCACCACGACCGGUGUCCUUAUGGUCGGACCAAAUUUUCGUGUUGGCAAAAAAAUUGGCUGUGGUAACUUUGGCGAAUUGCGUUUAGGCAAAAAUCUUUACAACAAUGAACAUGUAGCAAUAAAAAUGGAGCCUAUGAAGUCAAAGGCUCCGCAACUACACUUAGAGUAUAGGUUUUAUAAACUAUUAGGAUCACAUGCAGAGGGUGUACCAGAAGUAUAUUACUUCGGCCCAUGCGGCAAAUACAAUGCUCUUGUUAUGGAGUUGCUUGGUCCAUCACUCGAAGAUUUAUUCGAUAUUUGCGGCAGACGUUUCACUUUGAAGAGCGUACUACUGAUAGCUAUACAAUUACUCCACCGGAUCGAAUAUGUUCAUAGUCGGCACUUAAUAUAUAGGGAUGUGAAACCAGAGAACUUUCUCAUCGGCAGAACGUCAACAAAACGUGAAAAAAUUAUACAUAUAAUUGAUUUCGGUUUGGCCAAAGAAUACAUUGAUUUAGAUACAAAUAGGCAUAUACCAUAUCGGGAACAUAAAUCCCUUACUGGCACGGCACGUUAUAUGUCAAUCAAUACGCAUAUGGGACGAGAACAGUCGCGGCGCGAUGAUCUGGAGGCACUGGGUCAUAUGUUUAUGUAUUUCUUAAGAGGUUCACUGCCGUGGCAAGGCCUUAAGGCUGAUACACUCAAGGAGAGAUAUCAAAAAAUCGGUGAUACGAAACGAGCAACGCCCAUUGAGGUGCUUUGUGAUGGACAUCCAGAAGAGUUUGCGACAUAUUUGCGUUAUGUGAGGAGGUUAGAUUUCUUCGAAACUCCCGAUUAUGACUUUCUGCGAAGACUGUUUCAAGACUUAUUCGAUCGUAAGGGAUACACCGACGAGGGCGAGUUCGAUUGGACAGGGAAGACAAUGACCAAGGAACAGCUGGACCAAAUGAAGGUCAUAAAGAAUGCGCCACCAUCGCAUUUGGCUAAGAACAAAUCUGACAAGUCAACGCCCGUCGGAUCUCUGCAAACUGGCCAUGAAGUCAUCAUUUCACCAAAUAAAGAUCGACAUAAUCUUGCAAAGGAUGUUUCGUAUUUUGAUUUUGAUGAUGAUGUUGACGUUGAGAAUGAGGAGUUUAUAAUACUUCAGCAAAAUGCCAAAGGAGGUGUUGCUGCGUGGCCUGAUGUGCCAAAGCCGGGGGCAACACUAGGCAAUUUAACACCGGCCGAUCGGCAUGGUUCAGUGCAGGUUGUGAGUUCGACGAACGGCGAACUAAAUCCGGACGAUCCCACGGCCGGACACUCAAACACGCCCAUCACACAACAGCCGGAAGUGGAAGUGGUCGAUGAAACAAAUGGUUCCUUAUAUUCCAGAUGUUGUUGUUUCUUUAAACGAAAGAAGAAGAAAUCGACGCGCCAAAAAUGACUAGACGGUGUACAAUGUAGUCCAGAACGCGAGGCAGUCACCCUGCUGCGCGCCACUUCACAUUCAAACUCACGGGAUAGCGUAUUGAAUAAUCCGAGUCAGGAUUAUAUCCAGCAGGCAACGUCGCAGCACACGUUGCGUUAUCCUCCAUCCGCGUCGAUGCUGACGCCCACACCAACUACAAACACACCGACACUUCCGUUGUAAUUAAAAGAUUAAAAAAACAAAAACAAAACAACAAACAACAAAAAAUAAUAAAACAUAAAAGAUACAAAACAAAACAAAAAAAAAAAAAAAUACAAAAAUCAAAUAUAAAAAACAAAACAAAACCCAACAAAACAAGAAACCCCGUAAAUGAUUAAAUACACACUAAAAACAGUAAAAACAAACAAAAUGAAACAAUUUUUGAUUAAUUAUUGUAAUGAUUGUAUUUUAUUAUUAUUUUUAUUAUUUACCAAUUUUGCGUUUAUUAUAUAAAUUAUUAUAAUUAUUAAUUAUAUUAUUAUUAAUUAAUGCUAUUAUAAAUAAAAAAAGAAAACAAAAUUCAAACGUAAAUCAAACCGACCGAAAAGCAAAAAUAAAAUCCAGGCAGCUCCCCAGUCGGUGUCCUGUGAAAGGGAUAUGGGAAGGAGCAUCCGAUCCUCCAUCCAAUCCCAGAAAGCCCACUCCCAGAACCCCCCCCAUAUUGCUCCCAAAACUUGAUGAAAAACUUAAACACACAACACAAAAACCACUUAAACAUAUUUAUAUAUACACAACAUAUAUAUUAAAAAACAAAAAACAAAAAAGAAAGGAAACAAACUAGUGCAGUAUCAUUAAAUGAGAAAAAGGAGAAAAAUGAAAGAAAUAUUUAUACGCAACCAACAAAACUUGUAAAUUAUAAUGAAAGAAAAGAAAGCGAAAAUAAAAUUCAUUUUUGAAAACUUCAAAACUAAAGAUAUGUAUGCAGGUAUAUAUGAAGCAACUUAUACAUAAUACGUAUGUAUCUAAUAUAUAGUAUAAUUUGUAUGCCUCCCUCGCUCGGACAUAAAAUCAGCUGCAGUUACUUCCCGGUACUAUCAUCUACCAGUCCACUCCCCCAGUAUCGAUCCAAUCCCCCAGCGUAGGCAGCUUGGUUUAGCUCUGUUUUUUGGAUGCACUUUUCUAAAGCUAUGUACAUAAUAUAUAUAUUAUAUAUAUACACACACACGCGAGUAUUUUGAUAUAUAUACACGUCUAAUGUAUCGGAUAAAUCAAAAGUUAGAGGUCCUCUCUUGGUAGUCAAAUUCAUUUUUGUGCAUUUACUUUUUUGGGAUUGUUUCUUAGGUAAAUUUUCGUUUAAAAUGUGCAAGUUAGAGGAUGGUAUCUGCUUUCGGGGGCAGAUCACUCCGAGCAGAUCAAUCACCUUUUAGGUAAAUACUAAUGUACUGAGUAAUUCAUUUGAUAUAUUACGUGAUAUGAGUACUAAACUAACCGAUAAAGUUGCCUGCAGCCACGCCCCCUUUUUCCAUAUAUCUUCCUCCAAAAACACACACGACUCUGACACCCACACACAUCUAUGAAUCUGAACGAAUUUGUUUUCCUCUACACUCCGCCAUGAAAAAGUGAAAAGUAAAGCUAGAAUCAAUAAAUCGUAUGUGGAAUCUAUAUAUAUAUAAAUAUAUAUUUUAACAAAUUUUUUAUACUUAUUACAAAUAUACAUACACUGCAAGAAAAGGAAAUCAGAAUAGCGUUAACUUUACAACAAAAAAAAAGGCAAACUUAAUGUGUUUUUCGCAAUCUUUCUAGCAUGAAAAUAUUUAAAAAACAAAGAGAAAAUAUAAAAAAAAAAAUCCCAAUUUUACAUGAAUAACAUUGCAUAUGAAAUUAACCCAGAUUUCUUGUAUAGUUAAAUGAAAAUCAUUUGUAUCAUAUAUAACAACAAAAAAAAAAAAAUAUUGAAAAACAAAUUACGCUAAAUGGAUACUUCGAAAAGGUAAAAACAAAAGUCAACAGCAGGAAAAGGAGUAUCCGAAAUAACAAAUCGCACUAGUUUAUAUAUAUAUACAUACCUAACUUAAAGUAUAACAAA